AUGGCAUUGCCGCUACCUUCGGGGCUGAUCCCCUCCGAGGUCGCCUUCUUGUGCGAAAUGGAGCUCGUCACCGUAGUUCCCCGUCAGCGCCUCGAGAGCAUUGAUCUUCUUGGUGGCUCAACACCGACUCUUCGACCGCCGCAUCGAAGUAAUCUGCCGCUAUGGCUUGCGAUCCUACUCAAGAAGCAGAGACGAGCGAAUAUUGUGCCGCCGCCUUGGCUCCAUCCCGACUCCCUACGCGACAUCAUCAAUCACGAAAUCAAUAUCGACCCCAAAGGCUGGGCGCCGCCCCCGCCACCACCCGUGCGAGCAGACGGCCAAGGGAAUGCGCGAAGAUUAAACCCAUUUGGAAUGGAUGAUACUGUUUUGUCACCGCCGUUUUUGCCGUCUUGCACCUCAGAAGCACCCCCAGGAGCCUUGCCCUACCACUGGUUUGAGGUCGCAGAGAUGCUCCUCGCGCACGCCCAAGAUGACAUCACAUCCUCAUCCGAGGUGCGGUCUCUUCUACGUGACUUGCAGGAGGUGAGAGCUGCCAAGAUGCGGUCCAGUACGGCUCAGCUGGAGAGCGGCGUGGAUGGCGUCAUGAGUUUGCGAGGAGUGGGCGCUAUGGAGCUUGCAGAGAGCAGAGGCUUCGUCAUUGGUGUUGUUGAAGGAGUGAGAAAGAUUGGUGCGAGUGUGGAAGUGUCACGAAGAGAGGAAGAUGAAGAACGUGGCGGUCGGGAGUCUGAUGAGGCGAGCGACGAGGACAUGGGACUGUGA